CGCUGUCUCUCUCUCUCUGCCGAUAACCCCCCUUUCCUUCUACUCCUCUAGGACCUCUGCUCCACCCUUAUCCUCACCCCCCUUCUCUAAAACCCUUCACUCCUCCAUCUUCUCCGCUCAACACAGAAAAUGGCUUCUGCAACCUCAAAUUUGUUCAAGACCUUGUCAAUAGCAGACUCAUGUCUAGUCUCUUUACCCUACCUCUCCUCCACCAAAACCGCCAACUCGUUUCUCUCAGUCCCAUCCAAACCCAUUAAACUCCACCUCACGUACACUCAUGCUUCACUCUUUUCACCACCUCUGUCCCUCAAGAACAAAACCCAGUUCUCAUCCAUAGUCUCUUUUGUGGCCCAGACCUCAGACUGGGCUCAGCAAGAAGAAGACAGCACACUUACCAUUGACCAAGACGAAGGAGCAGAGAGUGGUGAAGAAGGGGUCUUUGCAGAGAGGGAAGAGGAGGCGAAUAUUGAGCCACCUGAGGAAGCCAAGGUAUUUGUUGGAAAUUUGCCUUAUGAUGUUGAUAGUCAGAAAUUGGCUGAGCUCUUUGAGAGGGCUGGAGUUGUGGAGAUUGCAGAGGUCAUUUACAACAGGGAUACUGAGCAGAGUCGGGGAUUUGGAUUUGUGACUAUGAGUACUGUUGAAGAAGCUGAUAAGGCUGUGGAACUGUUCAGUCGUUAUGAUUUAAAUGGAAGGCUCUUGACUGUCAAUAGGGCUGCUCCAAGAGGAACGCGCCAAGAACGCGCACCCCGUUCAUUUGAACCUUCUUUUAGAAUCUAUGUUGGUAACCUUCCAUGGAAUGUGGAUAAUGGUCAACUGGAGCAGGUCUUCAGUGAGCAUGGUAGUGUGGUGGAGGCACGAGUAGUCUUUGACAGAGAAACUGGACGAUCGCGUGGUUUUGGCUUUGUAACAAUGGCCAGUGAAAACGAAAUGAAUGAUGCCAUUGCUGCUCUAGAUGGACAGAGUCUGGAUGGAAGGGCGAUCAGAGUAAAUGUUGCGGAAGAAAGACAAAGGCGCAGCCCCUACUGACUUAACAGGGAUGAAACCUAAGUUCUGGUUUUGGUUCCUUUUCCUUUAGAUGAGAUUGUGUCAGCUGUUUUUCAGCGAGGGUUUUAUGAUUUCUACUUUACAAGUGUUGUUCUAGUGGGAAACGAUAUAUAGCGUCCAAGUUUGACUCCAUUAAUUUUGGGGCACUACUGAUGUGGUUGCUAUUUUAUUUUGAUCAGCUAAUGGAGCAUUUGAACGUCAUUAUAAUGAAAUAGUUUCAUUGUAUUUUAUGUCAGUGGA